UCCCCUCCAGCCCCGAGCCAGGAGCAGCUCUCAAUACCGGGUGAGGCACGGAGCACUUGAGCUAUUUCAGCCACAUGAAAAGCAUCGGAACUGAGAUCGCAGCUCAGAGGACACCGGGCGUCCCUUCCACUCACUGAGGAGCCUUGUAUUCUUGCACCUGGCUGCCUGGAACUUUCCUCAGGCAGGAAACAAGUACAUAAACCAGGGAUAAGACCUUGUCGAUAUGUCGAAACAGCCAGUUUCCAAUGUCAGAGCCAUCCAGGCAAAUAUCAAUAUCCCAAUGGGAGCCUUUCGGCCAGGAGCUGGCCAACCCCCCAGAAGAAAAGAAUGUACUCCGGAAACGGAGGAGGGUGCUCCUCCCACUUUGGAUGAGGAGAAGAAGCCAAUUCCAGGAGCUAAGAAACUUCCAGGACCUGCGGUCAACCUAUCAGAGAUCCAGAAUAUUAAAAGUGAACUGAAGUAUGUCCCCAAAGCUGAACAGUAGUUGGAAGAAAAAAGGAUCCUCUUUGAAACAGCCACCUUCUAAGAAGGACAACAACCAGAAAGAAACCUCUUAUUCUCUAUCCCUUUUCAAACAGUUAAAAAACAACAAGGCUUGUCAUCUCUGAUCAACGUUAACUCUCAUGAGACAGGACGACUUUCUCCCUGCCUGAACUGUUUUUUGCCUAAUGGGGCCCACUCCUUCGCCCUCUGACAACCUACCUUCUCUCCUGAGUUCCAUUUAUAGUAGGGUUUUAUUAAUGGUUAAAUCAUUAGGAAUGGGUCCUUCUUCCUCCCAAGGCUUAUUUCCCCUGUUCAAUAAAUUAAGCCAUGGGAUCGGAGAAACUGUCCAUUUCUGCUUUGUUUAAGCUCAGAUUCUUCCUAGCCCACCAAAUACUGCGCACUGCCAGGUGAGAGCCCGCCCGGCAGUCUGUGGUCACUUGUGAUUUGUCUCGUAUUUAGUUCUCCAAGUAAAGUGGGAGGCCCGUGGGAAUUUUCCUAAGCCCCUGCUGGAAGUCUGAGAUCUGGAGCAGAGAUCCUUCGGUGGGGAGUCCCUGGGCCUUUGCUGAUGGUGAGGGGCUGCCUUUCCCAAUCCUCAGGCGAGAGCCCUUGGAUAAGUGCUGUGAGUUUCUGAAAUGUUUGACCUCUCUUUCACCUUGAAAGAAGGUUUGCAAACUCCAUUCAUCCACCAUGCUUGUUGCGGCCACGCACAUGACCUCACCGAACAAUCAGAGCAUUAAUAGCCCACAGGUGUCAGAGUGACCUGUGCCCUUCACUCCUUAAAGCCUUUUCUCCCUCGUUUUUCGUCACCAGAGCCCUGCAGUAAACAGGUUUUUUUAAAAAGUAAAAACACAGAAGUGGUCAUGUCACUGCCCUGCAGAACAGGCCUCAGUGGCUCCCCACUGCCCCCAGGGCCUGCACCAGCUGGCUCAGACUCACCAGGUUCUCCCAACUGGCAUUUCUGCCCACCCAGGGCAUUCCUUGCUCCAAGCCAGUUCAGGGAGGUGUCAUGCUGACUCUAGGCCUUUAUACACGCUCAGAAUAUUAUUUUCCAAUCUCUCUCUCCUCCCCUACCCAUGAGCGGGCUAACUCCUACCCAUCAUUCAGGUCUCAGUUUAAAUACAAUUUUGGAAAAGUCUUUCCAUAGCCCCUUAAACUGGAUAAAGCAUCCACAGCUGCCUUUGUCCCAUCACAGCUGCACCCAUCACCAUGGAGGAAUGGAUUGCCAUCACUUAUUUUCUUGUCUGACUUUCCUUCUAGAUGUUCAGUUCCAUGAAGGGGGAUAACUUGCCCACUAGUGUAUCCACAGUGCCUACCUAAUACAUUUUCUGGCAUGUAAUGUAACCAAAAUAAAACCAGGCAUCUGGUUUCCACCUUUAAGACCAUUUAAGCACAUUUAAGCACAGAGCCUCCUCCAAAAGAAACAUAAAUUGAUCACUGAAAGCGGUGUCAAAAUGGAAUGCAAAUCUUCACCUACGAUUAACAUUGUAAAGUGACCUAAACAUUCUUGAUUCAUUAUCAGCCUGAAAGUCCUUCAUCCUAGAGACUUCUUACCCCAAAUGUCUCUUCAUUCUUUCCCGAGAAUCCGGUUAUCCGAUUGCCCCAGCCCUUCUUUUUUCUGUAAUUUCAACUCAAUUCACUGCUUUCAGCGCUCUCCGCCCAUUUAGACCUCCACCAACCAUCAGCGCCACAAAUAGCUUGACGCCAAGACAACAAAGUCUCAGUCUUGCUUGGAUGGCAGAGGAGGAGGGUAGGCACGUAGAUCUAUAAGCUUUUUUGGGUCUUCAGCUUGGAGUAAUAGUAACAGUUCACAUAUUUAUCGAGCAUUUACUAUGUGGGAAGCACUCUGCUGAACACUUUAAUAUGUUAUCCUCACAACAGCCCUGGGAGUUUGGUACUGUUACUUUCCUGUACUUAAUAGAACACUUACCCAAGGUGAAGCAGCUAGAAAGCAGGAUUGCUGGGAUCUGAAAGCAGAGUCUGCACUACAAUGUCUCCACAGAAGGCACUCGGUAAACAGUUGAAUUUAUAGACAGGGUCCACCUGGGAAGCAGCUUGGAGGCUGGCAAGGCAAAGGGUGUUGAAGCAAUUUCUCUGAUGAAUUCAUUGCCAGCACACGUCAAAGCUUUAUUUCAAAGCUGCUUAAAGAGGCUUCAAAAAGCCACUUCAAAAACUUGGAAUAGGAAAAAAUGUGGUUAGAUAACAUUGUUAGACUGGGUACAAGUGGUCUUUAAACUCUGACACAAGGCUAAUUUAGUGAGGCAGGUAAAUCUAAUUUCCCACAAGGGGCUCUUAAUCUCAUUAAAGUUGAUCAGAAAAAAAUCACUCAUAUGUUUUAUCAGAAAUGCUUCUCAGAAGGGACCACUCAUCACACCAGAGCAGACAGCCUUCCAGCUCAGGUUUGGGAUCAUUUUUGUUCACAGAACCAGCCCUCUCCAGAGUGGGGUUUCUCACCCUCAGCACUAUUGACAUUUGGGCCAGAUAACUCUUUGGAGUGGGGGUUGUCCUGGGGCCUGUAGGCUGUUUAGCACAUCCCUGGCCCUACCCACUAGAUGUCAGUGGCACUCCCUCCUCCUGGUUUUAAUAACCAAAAAUGUCUCCACAUAUCGCCAAAUGGCCCCUGGGGGGCAAAAUACCAUCCCUUUCAUUGAGAACCACUGCUCUAGACCCUCAAUUCUCAAAGUGUAGUCCAUGGGCCAACAGCAACAGCAGCCCUUGAGAGGCUGCUAGAAAUGUACAACCUCAGGCCCCAUCCCAGGCCUCCUGAGUCAGAAUCUGCAGUUUAACAGGAUCACCAAGUACUUCCUCUGGACAUUAAAGUCUGAGAAGUGCUCCUAGGCCAACGGUUCGCAACCUUGGCUGCACAUCAGAGGCCUGGGAGCUUUAAAAAAUACUGAGCCCACCCCCAGAGAUGCUGAUGUCAUUGCUCUGGGGCAGCCUGGGCCUCGGAACUUUUAAUAACUCACCAGAUGAUUCAAAUGUGUAGCCAAGUUUGAGCUCCUGUUCUGGGGGGUUAAAAAAAACUCACCCCCUCCCCAACUUUAGGAGUGAUUUACCACAGCUUCUAAAUAAGACCCCACAUCUCCAAGGCGAUGCUUUUCUUUCCAUGAACAUCCUUCUUUUUUGACCUCUUAUCACUUUUAAGGUGAUAAAAUUAAAGGCGUUUGAUGAUGGCUUCAAAAGGGAGGAUUUGGCUAUAACUAACUUUAAAAAUAAUGUUUGGGGGCUUCCCUGGUGGCGCAGUGGUUGAGAGUCCGCCUGCCGAUGCAGGGGACACGGGUCCGUGCCCCGGUCCGGGAGGAUCCCACAUGCCGCGGAGCGGAUGGGCCCGUGAGCCGUGGCCGCUGAGCCUGCGCGUCCGGAGCCUGUGCUCCGCAACGGGAGAGGCCACAACAGUGAGAGGCCCGCGUACCGCAAAAAAAAAAAAAAAAUGGUUGGAAUGAUUUGGGGAAAAAAAUGAAGGCAUUGAUUUAAGCUUGCCCAGAUAGCUUUUAAAAGAAGAGCCGUCAAAAUCAUCCCUCAAAAUCUUGCUAAUUAAAAAUCAAUUCCAUAUGUGAAAAAAAACCCAAACAUUAAAUGGUGAACUCUAUCAAGAAAACUGUUUUACACGAAGUGUACAAUUGUAUAAAGAGCCCAUGCAAAUUGGGAAGCAAAACAUUAACACCUUAAUAGAUAAAUAAAGGAAAUGACCUCACAAUUCACAGAAGUAGAUGUAUAAUUAGUAGAGAAGCCAUGAGAAAAUAUGCCUCACUAGUACUCAAAGGGGGAUACUCAAUGAAAAAAGAGUUAGCAAUUUUUCUCUUGUAAUAUUCAUGAAAAUAAGUGGGAAAAUGAUCAUGAAAUGGACACUUGCUCAUUCCCUCAACAGAUAUCGUCUUCUGUACAGCAGGCACUAUGCCAGUCUAGAUGAUGAGGGUGUGGGGCUUAGUAAAUGGAGAAAGAAUCCAGCCAUUGUGGAUUUGUAUGUCCUCCAACCCACUUAGGCCUUGAUGUACGCCAUCCUAAAGAAAACGUGUGGGAAAAGUUUUGUUCACUUAUGAUAGCAAAAUUGAUUAAGAACCUGUGUCCAACAAUAGGAUUAUGAUUAAUUCAACUCUCAUAUAUCCACCUGAUGAAAUAGUAUGCACACUAUCUGUGCUAUAAUGAAUGAUAAAUGAAAAAGAAUACAAACAGUAGAAAACUGGAUAAAUGAUUCAGUAAUCACGUAAAUUUUGAAAUGCUACAUGCUAUCAUCCUCACACCCAAUAUACACAAUAUAUAUUUGUAUAUUUAAAGCUCUGAGGAGCUCUAAAACUAAGAAAAUGGUUUAUCUGUGCUUAACCCCGUAUUCCUCAAUUUAUCUGACCAUGGAAAGAUUUUUUUCCCUCCCUUCCCUCCCUUUCUUUCAAAGGUGAAACUUGCUUUAUCGUCUCUUGGAACUAGUAUUUCUCAAACUAACAAAACCUUGACAAUAUAUUACUGGCAUACAGGGUAGUAUUUAAGAGUUAUGUAACAAAAAGAGCCAUACAUGGGUAUAUACGUACAUAAAAAAAUUCAUGAAGCUGUUCACUUAAGAUUUGUGCAUUUUACUCUCUAAAAGUAUUUUAAAAACUCUACUAAAUUCUGACAAGGCAAAAAUAUCUUUUGAAAUUAAAAUUGGAUGUUCAUUAGAACAAGUACAAGAAUGCCAAGUCAAAUUAUUUUUACAUUACAGAUACAUUUCUAUGUAUCAGUUGUUCAUGCAAGGUGCCUCUAAUACCGUCAACAUGUAAAGAUUUAUUGUAGGGGCUAAGAGCUCCAGACAGGCUUUUAAUCCUGGACCAGCCAUUAACUAGCCGUGUGACCUUGGACCUUCACCUUGGAUUCAACCCCUCUGGAUUUUAAUUUCCUAAUUUCUCUCUCUCUCUCUUUUUUUUUUUUUUUUUUUUUUGGCUGUGCUGCGCAGCUUGUGGGAUCUUAGCUCCCUGGCCAGGGGCUGAACCCGGGCCCUCGGCAGUGAAAGCAUGGAGUCCUAACCAGUGGACCGCCAGGGAAUUCCUUAAUUUCCUAAUUUAUAAAAGGAGGAGCAAUAAGAAAACUCAAGUUCCAUUCAUCUUCGAAAACAGUUUUACUAUUUUAGAGGAUUAUAAAGCUUUCAUAUCUGCCUGAUGGUGUACCAACGGCCAGGUUUUUAAUUUGAAUACUGAGACUAUGGACCACUGACUACCAUAAUAGUUACUGUAAAAAUAAACAAACAAAAUGUCAAUCAGCUCUAAGGGGAUCUCUGUGACAAUGUGCUUUCCAGGAUGUCUUAUUAGAGAGAGACAGGGAGGCCUACAUUUAUUUCAUAUGUUAACUUUAUGUCAAGAAAUUGCUUUUCCUUUGGAUGUCCUACGACCUCUGACUGCCAGAGACCGUGCCAGACAGUUCUAAGAGGACACUGGGUAUUUCUGAUGUAAGCGCCAUUGUCCCUAGGUCUCAAAUGCUCAAGCCUAAACAACACAAAAGGGUUUUGCCAUCUUUGGAGCCUCUUGUUAAGACAGCAGUCUACUCGACUUGUUCAUUACUUUGUCUACCUCUGUGCGUUAUCGAGCUCUGCUUUACUAGGAAGUCUCGGGCCAGUGUUUCUCCAGUAAAAUCUGUGGCCCCUUUAGAAACAGGGUGGUCUGUGCUCUGACAGAUGGAGAAAUUGACCACAAAACUAGCAGCCACCAGUGGUGGCUGGUCUGGGAUUAUACCCCUUAUUCCACCAAGAUCUCCCCAAACAAAUUCAAUGUUGUCUCACCUGCCGGACCCUGACUUGAUAUCCAAGGCAACAAACUCUCAAUACAGUAGGAUUAAAAAACCCCUUUUGAGCUUAUUUUUAAUGAUUUGACCUGGACAUGCAAUUUGCCUUCUCCUUAAGGUCACUCAAAUUCUCCUCACCCAGCACGUAACACUGUUGACUCUGGAUUUUAGGUGCAGAAUUUUACCCCAAAAAUGUCCUGCUCUGUGUCUUUCUGCUCUUCCCUGCUUUUACUAGUUAUUGGUAGAAACACUUCCGUUUUUAUUUUAGCCACCAAAGGCUUCAUGACACACAAAACCCAAUUUGGGUGGAUAUUUUGCAGUUUAAGAAAAAAGUU